AGCCCUUUCACACACCUCAGGAACACCUUUCGGCUGCCCGCUCCCCAGACACACCUGCAGCCCUGCCCAGCCGGCUUUGCUCACCCACCGCUUGUAAAUGCCCCAGAUAUGAGCCAGCCCAGGCCCCGCUACGUGGUAGACAGAGCCGCAUACUCCCUUACCCUCUUCGACGAUGAGUUUGAGAAGAAAGACCGGACAUACGCAGUGGGAGAGAAACUUCGCAAUGCCUUCAGAUGUUCCUCAGCCAAGAUCAAAGCUGUGGUGUUUGGGCUGCUGCCUGUGCUCUCCUGGCUCCCCAAGUACAAGAUUAAAGACUACAUCAUUCCCGACCUGCUUGGUGGACUCAGCGGGGGAUCCAUCCAGGUCCCACAAGGCAUGGCAUUUGCUCUGCUGGCCAACCUUCCUGCAGUCAAUGGCCUCUACUCCUCCUUCUUCCCCCUCCUGACCUACUUCUUCCUGGGGGGUGUUCACCAGAUGGUGCCAGGUACCUUUGCCGUUAUCAGCAUCCUGGUGGGUAACAUCUGUCUGCAGCUGGCCCCAGAGUCGAAAUUCCAGGUCUUCAACAAUGCCACCAAUGAGAGCUAUGUGGACACAGCAGCCAUGGAGGCAGAGAGGCUGCACGUGUCAGCUACGCUAGCCUGCCUCACUGCCAUCAUCCAGAUGGGUCUGGGCUUCAUGCAGUUUGGCUUUGUGGCCAUCUACCUCUCCGAGUCCUUCAUCCGGGGCUUCAUGACAGCCGCCGGCCUGCAGAUCCUGAUUUCGGUGCUCAAGUACAUCUUCGGACUGACCAUCCCCUCCUACACAGGCCCGGGGUCCAUCGUCUUUACCUUCAUUGACAUUUGCAAAAACCUCCCCCACACCAACAUCGCCUCGCUCAUCUUCGCUCUCAUCAGCGGUGCCUUCCUGGUGCUGGUGAAGGAGCUCAAUGCUCGCUACAUGCACAAGAUUCGCUUCCCCAUCCCUACAGAGAUGAUUGUGGUGGUGGUGGCAACAGCUAUCUCCGGGGGCUAUAAGAUGCCCAAAAAGUAUCACAUGCAGAUCGUGGGAGAAAUCCAACGCGGGUUCCCCACCCCAGUGUCGCCUGUUGUCUCACAGUGGAAGGACAUGAUAGGCACAGCCUUCUCCCUAGCCAUCGUGAGCUACGUCAUCAACCUGGCUAUGGGCCGGACCCUGGCCAACAAGCACGGCUACGACGUAGAUUCCAACCAGGAGAUGAUUGCCCUGGGCUGCAGCAACUUCUUUGGCUCCUUCUUUAAAAUUCAUGUCAUUUGCUGUGCGCUUUCCGUCACUCUGGCUGUGGAUGGAGCUGGAGGAAAAUCCCAGGUGGCCAGCCUGUGUGUGUCUCUGGUGGUGAUGAUCACCAUGCUGGUCCUGGGGAUCUAUCUGUAUCCUCUCCCUAAGUCUGUGCUAGGAGCCCUGAUCGCUGUCAAUCUCAAGAACUCCCUCAAGCAACUCACCGACCCCUACUACCUGUGGAGGAAGAGCAAGCUGGACUGUUGCAUCUGGGUAGUGAGCUUCCUCUCCUCCUUCUUCCUUAGCCUGCCCUAUGGUGUGGCAGUGGGUGUCGCCUUCUCCGUCCUGGUUGUGGUCUUCCAGACUCAGUUUCGAAAUGGCUAUGCACUGGCCCAGGUCAUGGACACUGACAUUUAUGUGAAUCCCAAGACCUAUAAUAGGGCCCAGGAUAUCCAGGGGAUUAAAAUCAUCACUUACUGCUCCCCUCUCUACUUUGCCAACUCAGAGAUCUUCAGGCAAAAGGUCAUUGCCAAGACAGGCAUGGACCCCCAGAAAGUAUUACUAGCCAAGCAAAAAUACCUCAAGAAGCAGGAGAAGCAGAGAAUGAGGCCCACACAACAGAGGAGGUCUCUAUUCAUGAAAACCAAGACUGUCUCCCUGCAGGAGCUGCAGCAGGACUUUGAGAACGCGCCCCCCACUGACCCCAACAACAACCAGACGCCGGCUAACGGCACCAGCGUGUCCUAUAUCACCUUCAGCCCUGACAGCUCCUCAGCUGCCCAGAGUGAGCCACCGGCCUCUGCUGAGGCCCCCGGCGAGCCCAGUGACACGCUGGCCAGUGUCCCGCCCUUCGUCACCUUCCACACCCUCAUCCUGGACAUGAGUGGAGUCAGCUUUGUGGACUUGAUGGGCAUCAAGGCCCUGGCCAAGCUGAGCUCCACCUACGGGAAGAUUGGCGUGAAGGUCUUCUUGGUGAACAUCCAUGCCCAGGUGUACAAUGACAUUAGCCAUGGAGGCGUUUUUGAGGAUGGGAGUCUAGAAUGCAAGCACGUCUUUCCCAGCAUACAUGACGCAGUCCUCUUUGCCCAGGCAAAUGCCAGAGACGUGACCCCAGGACGCAACUUCCAAGGGGCUCCAGGGGACCCUGAGCUCUCCUUGUACGACUCAGAGGAGGACAUCCCCAGCUACUGGGACUUAGAGCAGGAGAUGUUCGGGAGCAUGUUUCACGCAGAGACCCUGACCGCCCUGUGAGGGCUCAGCCAGUCCUCAUACUGCCUACAGAGUGCCUGGCACUUGGGACUUCCAUAAAGGAUGAGCCUGGGGUCACAGGGGGUGUCGGGCGGAGGAAAGUGCAUCCCCCAGAGCUUGGGUUCCUCUCUCCUCUCCCCCUCUCUCCUUCCCUCCUUCCCUCCCCGCAUCUCCAGAGAGAGCCUCUCAGCAGCAGGGAGGUGCUACCCUUACAGGAGUGAGAGUCUGGUGAGCCCACUCUUCACCCAUCAGGACCUGGCCACAAUGGACAAGCCUCCUGCUCACUCCACCCCACCCACCUCUUCCCUGUCCUUGGCAGCUGAAGGACACCUUGACUUCUGGCUUUUACGAGUGAGCCAAAAACAGAAGGACAAGUACAACUGUGCUGGCCUGCUGUACAAGCUUCAAAGUGUCCCAGAGCCCACACGGCUCGGUGUCAGAUGGUGUCAGGCUGCCACGGGACAUAGGGAUAAACUUGGUUAGGACUCUGGCUUGCCUUCUCCAGCUGCCUCAACUCUGUUUCUGGCAGCUCUGCACCCAGGGACCAUGUGCUCUCCACACCCAGGAGUCUAGGCCUUGGUAACUAUGCGCCCCCCUCCAUCAUCCCCAAGGCUGCCCAAACUACCACUGCUGUCAGCAAGCACAUCAGACUCUAGCCUGGACAGUGGCCAGGACCAUCGAGACCACCAGAGCUACCUCCCCAGGGACAGCCCACUAAGGUUCUGCCUCAGCCUCCUGAAACAUGACUGCCCCUGCCCUCAGAGGCUGCUCCCUUCCCCUGGAGGCUGGCUAGAAACCCCAAAGAGGGGGAUGGGUAGCUGGCAGACUCCUCUGGCAUACUAGUAAUAGAUACCAGUUAUUCUGCACAAAAGCUUUUGGGAAUCCCUCUUUGCACUCAGAGACUCAGAGGGGAAGAGGGUGCUAGUACCAACACAGGGAAAACGGACGGGACCUGGGCCCAGACUGUCCCCCUUGACCCCAGGGCCCAUCAGGGAAAUGCCUCCCUUUGGUAAAUCUGCCUUAUCCUUCUUUACUUGGCAAAGAGCCAGUCAUGUUAACUCUUCCUUAUCAGCUUGUGGCCCAGAGACACAAUGGGGUCCUUCUGCAGGCAAAGGUGGAAGUCCUCCAGGGAUCCGCUGCAUCCCCUAACUGCAUGCAGAUGUGGAAAGGGGCUGAUCCAGAUUGGGUCUUCCUCCGCAGGAAGAUUCCUUAACACGCUUAGGACCCGAGGCCAUCUUCUCCUAUGAAGAUGAAAAUAGGGGUUAAGCUCUCCAUAUGUACAAGGAGGUAUUGAGAGGAACCCCACUGUUGACUUGAAAAUAAAUAGGUUCCAUGUGUAAGUGUUUUGUAAAAUUUCAGUGGAAAUGCACAGAAAAUCUUCUGGCCUCUCAUCACUGCUUUUCCCAAGCUUCUUCAACUUAACAACCCCUUCCCUAACAGGUUGGGCUGGCCCAGCCUAGGAAAACAUCCCCAUUUCUAACUUCAGCCAGACCUGCAUUGUGUGUCUGUGUGUUGAGUGAGCUGGUCAGCUAACAAGUCUUCUUAGAGUUAAAGGAGGGGGUGCUGGCCAAGAGCCAACACAUUCUUGGCCCAGGAGCAUUGCUUUUCUGUGAAUUCAUUAUGCCAUCUGGCUGCCAAUGGAACUCAAAACUUGGAAGGCAAAGGACAAUGUUAUCUGGGAUUCACCGUGCCCAGCACCCGAAGUGCCAAAUUCCAGGAGGACAAGAGCCUUAGCCAAUGACAACUCACUCUCCCCUACUCCACCUCCUUCCAAGUCCAGCUCAGGCCCAGGAGGUGGGAGAAGGUCACAGAGCCUCAGGACAUUCCAAGUCAGAGUCCCCUUUGAACCAAGUAUCUAGAUCCCCUGAGGACUUGAUGAAGUGAUCCUUAACCCCCAAGUAAUCAUUAACCCCCAGACCAGCCUCAGAACUGAAGGAGAUUGUUGACCCAGUGGCCUGGAGUUGAGGCUCAGGGAGAGAUCUGCAACAUGUCUGAGGGUUGCACAGCCCGCUGUGGAGGUAAGAUUGGAAACACAUGAGGCAGAGGGAAGACAUUGAAGAAAACAUCUCUGCUGGAAUAUUUGGAAAAGAACACUCUUCUGGACCUGGUUGAAGCAGGAAAGAUGGAGGCAAAGUAGUGAAAUAAUCCAGAAUUUCAAUACUUUUGAAUGUUCUUAGUGAUACUGACCUGUGGUAAUAUAAUUCCCAGGGAGGACUGGGAACCUUAUCUCUUGAGAUAUUUGCAUAAUUUAUUUAAUUUAAGCCUCAUUUUCCUUUUGUUCAUUUUGGUAAUAAAGUGGAUUUGAAUUGUGAA